AUUCCGUGUCUUUGUUUUGAACAGCUCUGUCCUGUUUGUUCUCUCAGUUUAGAUCUUUUUACAGAUAGAAACAGUCUGAAAACUAAGCUGACAAUCAUAUGAGCUGAUGGUUGUUCUUAGCUUUCGCAGGGAUUAAUGAAUCAGGCUUUAAACUGCUCUGAUAACCGAAAAACACAAGCGGAAGACUUGAAGCGAAACUGAUGAACUUCCUCUUUAUGGAGAGAAUGUUUUGUUGCUACAACGCAGCGAAGAUCGCCUGCUGGACGUUUGAGGAAAGAACCCAGUAGAUCUUUACAUCUGCAUGGCUGCUUCCGCAAGUGGACUGUUGGAUAUUUAAAUUACCCAUUAAUUAUGCCUCCACAUAUAGGAACCGUUUUUGCAGUUAUACAAAAAUCAUUGAUUUAUUAUAAUUGUACUGUACCAGCAAACAUUAUCUCAAUUAAAUUCUAUGAAACACGUUGCGGGGUCAGAUCACGUGAUCCAGUCAGAUUACCACUUAAUAACAAUUGGAUUAUUAUUAUUAUUAUUUUUUUUUACUUAAAACGUACUUGUGAAAUCCAACUCAUAUUAAAAAUGUGUCAAUAUAAAGAAACCGACCUACUACAGACAAUGUGAACUAUGCAGUAGAUCUGACUGACUAAGCCAGUGGUGCCCAAAGUUGGUCCUCCACAUUUGAUCAUGUCCAAACUUAGAUGUGUCAGUCAGACGUGAUCAGAAGCAGCAUAGUCCUGAUUCCCAAUGAUUCCCUCAGGUGUAUUGUGUUUGUUCACUAAAUCCCCCUAAAAUCAGUGAGGGAAACAAUGAGGAAACAUCCGUGUGGGUCUAACAUGGAGCAAGUUGAAGGUUUAGAUGAAGCGGACUCAGAAAACGUCUGAGCACAUAUCAGAUUCUGCAGUCAUUUCCCAGAGUGCCUUGCUCUCAGGGUAUAUGACAGUAACAGGAGGGGUAUCUGUGAAUCUGUUUCUUUCAGUCAAAAAGUUGAUGGUUCAGUUGCUGCGUCCUCUGCUGCCACUCAUCAAUGGCAGUAUCCUAUGUUUCAGGUUGCUGUCUCCGUGGCAGCAAUGGCCGUUCUACAUCUGGUGAAGAAGUGGUUACUUGUUGAGUUGCUGAUCAACAUCUCUGAGUCCGCUGUGUGUCUGAACGCACCAGAUGCUGUUAUAAUUGAGCGAAGCUCUUCAGCUGUUGUCACCAUUUCUUCCAGUUCUGCUGUCAAUCAGUCUACAGUGAUUCACCUGAAUGUAACCUUCAGCUCCCAGGAGAACUACUCAUUAAUAAUCACUCUGCCUGACCAGGUGUUGCUUCCAGAGAAAGCUACCUCAGCCAAUUUCACUGUGAUAGCACAUGAUGUUGGUCAGGUGACUGCACACCUGUUCAGCAACAACACACACCUGGACAGUUUGUCGUCCAGGAUCCGUUUCAUAGUGAUCCACAGCAGUGUGCUGUCAGUGGUGGCUCAGGUGAUUGGAUGGAUUUACUUUGUGACUUGGUCAGUGUCUUUCUAUCCACAAGCCUGGGAAAACUGGAGGAGAAAAAGUGUUGUAGGUCUCAACUUCGACUUCCUGGCUCUCAAUCUAACGGGCUUCAUUGCUUACAGUGUCUUCAACAUCGGCCUCUUCUGGGUACCCUACAUAAAGGAGGAGUUCCUUCAGAAGAAUCCCAAUGGGAUAAAUCCUGUUAAUGCUAAUGACGUCUUCUUCAGUCUACAUGCUCUGCUGUUCUGUGUGAUCUACGUCAGCCAGGCUGCUCUCUAUGAGGUACACCACUACAGAGUGGGAUGUUCUGUCCAGCCGACGAGGGGGGCUCAGAGGGUGUCAUGGACUGCCAGGAUUCUGUUGCUGAUUGGUUGGACCUUUGCUUUGAUCAGCCUAUUUGUUGCUGUGGCCCACAAAAUUACCUGGUUGGAGUACCUCUACUACUUCUCCUAUAUUAAACUAGCAGUCACUCUGAUCAAAUAUGUGCCACAGGCCUAUAUGAACUACAGGAGACAAAGCACUGAGGGCUGGAGCAUCGGCAACGUCCUGCUGGACUUCACUGGUGGAGUCUUCAGUAUCCUACAGAUGAUCAUUCAGUCUUACAAUAAUGAUGAGUGGAAGCUGGUGUUUGGUGAUCCCACCAAGUUCGGUCUGGGUCUGUUCUCUGUGGCGUUUGACAUCAUCUUCAUGACUCAGCACUAUUGUCUCUACAGACAGCCAGCACAGUAUCAAACCAUUCCAGGGCAGCAGGACGACUGAUCCGAACAUUCGCUACAACCAAAGGGAAGCCACAAAGAAAGGGAUUCAAUUUAAGCUAAAUGUUAGUUCUGUUGUUGCCUUCAGGCUUCCAGCAGGAAGUUCAGUUUAUCUUGUCUCAGAUUUGGCUCAUUAGAGAUCCAUGGAACCUCUUCUGAACAGCCUCAGGGAACUCUCUUCUUUCAUAUGUACACCUGCAUAAUCUAUAUGCAUAGUUCUUUUUAUUUAACACUCCGCCUCAGUCUGUAAUUUGGAUAUGUAAUUAAUAGUAUGCUUCGACUGUUUUCUAUUUUCUCAUGCUUUUUCAUUAAACAAAGUGGGAAAAGGUG